CAAAAUGGUAUCGGUCAGACAGGACUGAAGCCUUGAAGCCAUGCUCACUAGUGGCUGAGAACAUGCAGCUGAACGAAGACACCUGUGAAAGCAACAUGCACAACGAGCUGAAAAUCAUCUACAUUAAAGAAGAACCUAAUGAUGACGAGUACCUCUACUGUGAGGACUGCAGAUGCUUUUUCUACAACAAGUGUGAGGUUCAUGGCCCAGCUCUCUUCAUCCACGAUACCCCUGUUCCCAUGGGAGUCUCUGACCGAGCCAGACAAACCCUCCCUCACAGUCUGGAGGUUGGUCAGUCCCUUAUUACUGGUGCAGGACUGGGAGUGUUUAAUAAGGGGGACACUGUUCCAGUUGGUGCUCACUUUGGGCCCUACCAGGGAGAACUGGUAGAUAAAGAGGAAGCCCUGAACAGUGGAUACUCUUGGGUGAUCUCUAGGGACAGACAGUGUGAGGAAUACGUAGAUGCCCAAAGAGAGAUGUAUUCUAACUGGAUGAGGUAUGUGAAUUGCGCUCGUAAUGAUGAAGAACAGAAUCUCGUUGCCUUCCAGUAUAAAGGGGGGAUUAUCUACCGUUGCUGUCGACCCAUAAAACCUGGACAGGAGCUCUUGGUGUGGUAUGAGGAGGAAUACGCUCAAGAUCUCGGGGUUACCUUCGACUUGCUCUGGAGCAAAAAGUGCUCUGCAAAUGAAAUGAGCGACGCUUUGCGAGUCUUCUCCUGCUCCGUGUGUCAGCUUUCCUACACAGCUCAAGUUUACCUCCACGGACACAUGAGACGACGCCACCACGAGGAAUAUGUGAGAAUGCUGCAAGAAGAAGAGAUUAAAUCCGAGAAUCUGGAGAGCACAAGCAGUUCCAGUAGUGAGCAGGUGCCUUCUCACCACGAUACGAGCUUGCGGGAAGAAAUGCACGACUGCCCAGAUUGCGGGAUGAGUUUUACUUUACCGAGCCAUCUGGAAGUGCACCAGCGUGUUCACGUGGGAGAAAAACCGUAUCCGUGCUCACAGUGCGGGAAAAGCUUUACUCAGCAGAGUAAUCUCCGAACACACGUACGCAUUCACACUGGAGAGAAGCCGUACCGGUGCUCGCACUGCAGCAAGAGUUUUACUCACCGGAGCAGCCUCCAUCUGCACCAGCGUAUUCACACCGGAGAGCGGCCGUACCACUGUCUGUACUGUGAUAAGAGUUUUAUACAGCAGAGCGCUUUCCAGCAGCAUCAGCGCAUUCACACCGGAGAGAAACCGUAUCAGUGCUCACAAUGUGGGAAGAGUUUCACUCAGAUGAGCUCACUGCAGCUUCACCAGAGCACUCACACCGGAGAAAGGCCGUAUCAGUGCUCGCACUGCGGGAAGAGGUUCACGAGACAGAGUCAUCUCCAAACACACCAAAGCACUCACACAGAAGAAAAACCGUACCGCUGCUCACAGUGCGAGAAGAGUUUUACACUACGGAGUCAACUCCAAGCACACGCUCGCAUUCACACGAGAGAGAAGCCGUAUCCUUGUUCGCACUGUGGGAAGAACUUUCCUUUCCUGAGCCAUCUCCAAAUCCACGAGCGCAGUCACACCGGCGAGAAACCGUUUCUCUGCACAGCGUGUGGGAAGAGCUUUAUGGACAGAGGCACUCUGAAAACGCAUCAGCGCAUCCACACGGGAGAGAGGCCGUAUCGCUGCUCAGACUGCGGGAAGACUUUCACUCAGCGGAGUUCUCUACAACGACACCAGCGACUCCACACAGAACACAAGCUGUGUCACUGCUCAGGAUGUGGGCAGGGUUUCACUGAUUUAACUACAUUUCAGACACACGAGUGCACUUACACUGUGCCUUCAGCUCGUGAGCGUCAUCUUACAGAUCAAGAAUCAUGACUAUAAUUAUGUUUAUUGUGUUAGCGUGAUUUACUAAACAGUUUUAUCUUUUGUGUAGCUGUUGGUCUUGUCCUCUUCUUACAAGCAUCAAAAAUGUGUUGUGUCAUAUUUUAUUUCUGUGUUUCUCUGAAUGCUUUCUGUUUCUUUAUAAAUAAUGUUUAAAGUCUAUAAAAAACAUUUAAGGGGA